AUGUCGGAAGAACUCCUCACUUAUGAGACGGAGGAAGAAGAUGCCGAGGAAAAGUAUGAAGAGGAGGCAUCCAAUGACAUCCCGGCGUCGCUGCUCAGCUACUUUGCGGCCUCCAGAAGCCGAGCGGCGGCUUGUGAGAAACUCAUCCUUGAGGACCUUGAAAGUCUGACUGCAUUCCGACACAAUGCCGAAACAACGCCCGCGAAUUUUGCUAUGGUCGACGAGGACGGCAAGACAGCAAAUGAGCCGGUAGAGAUUUUUGAGGAAGAAAAUGAAGACAGCAGCGCCACCUCUGGCAGUGAUGCUGAUGAACAAGGGUUUUCAACCGGGUGCUAUGAAAGUCAAGAAGCCUGGGGCAGUGAACUUCGGCUGGAGAUGGAGCGUAGGAGAAAAGUGGAACAAGAGUUUGAGGAGGAGCUGCAAAGGAUGACAGAGAUGGAGAAGCUGCGUCAGAGGGAGGCGGAUAUGAUGGAGUUGAAGGCUCAGGAAGAGCUUGAGCGGGAGUUCCGGCUUGAGCAGGAGCUGCUGAAUGAUCUGAAGAAACGAGUGGCGGAGGAGGUCAAAAAGAGGGACGACGACCAGAAGAGGGUAGCAGAACGACAGAAAGAAGAGGAGGAAGAGGAAAAGAGGAGGAAGAACGGGCAAGAAGAUGAGAGGAGGAAAGAGGCAAAGGGGGAACUAAUGGAGGAAGAGGAUGGAAGGAUGGAGGAAGGGGACCAGGACAGGAAGCAGAUGGAGGAAGAAGAAGCAAAAAACGGAAAAGGGGAGGAAAUGAAAGCCUGGAAAAAGCAGCUAGAGGAUGAGGAACAGAGGAGGAGGGAGGAGAAAGCGAAAGAGAAGCACAAACAAAUGGAAGAACGACUGAGGAUGAAUGAGGAGGAGGAAAUGACAAGGAAGGAGGAAGAGGACAGGAAGACGAAACAGGCAGACAGGAAGGAGGAUGAAAAGAUGGGAAAAGGGCAGGAAGAGGAAGUAUGGAGACGGAAGACGGUGGAAGAGGAACAAAAGGGGGAGGAAGAUGAAAAAAGAAAAAAAGAGUCAGAUGUGCUGCAAAUAGAAGAGGUGAUGAGAAAGUGGGAGGAAGAGAAAAAGAGAAUCAAAAGCGAAGCGAGUGAACUUCAGGAGGAGGUCGAGGAGGAUAAGAAGAGGGGAAAGGGGGACGAAGAGGAGAGCAGAAUGAAAGAGAUGAACGGGAAGGUAAUGAAGGAGGAGGAAGAAAAGAAUGGUGGUGAGGAAGUGGAAGAAAGAAUCCAGAAAAGAGAGGAAGAGGAAAUGAUGAAAGAAGCACUGAGGGAGAAGGAGGGAAAGAGGAGGCAAGAGGAGGAAGAAAAGAAAAUGAUGAUGAAAUGUAAGGAAGUGGGGAAGAGAAUGAAUGAGGGCGUGAGAUACCAACUGGAGCAAGAGGAAAAGGGGAAGAUAGAGGAAGAGGAGGCAGAGUGA